UGAAGAAAGUUGAUCUCUUCAGUUUUAUGUUUGAGCAAACCAAGUGAUUGGAUUCCUUAAGAAAGUUUAUUUAUUUUUUAAUUGAUCCAAGAUUUUAAGCAUGAAGGCUCCAGCAAAUGGAUUCAUGGCAAGUUCUGCAGAAGAAAGGAAGAGUAUCAAUUCAGAGUUAUGGCAUGCUUGUGCUGGACCACUUGUUUCUUUGCCUCCAGUUGGAAGUUUGGUCGUUUACUUUCCUCAAGGUCACAGCGAGCAAGUUGCAGCAUCAAUGCAAAAGGAGACCGAUUUCAUUCCAAGCUAUCCUAACCUUCCUUCCAAGUUGAUUUGCUUGCUCCAUAAUGUAACAUUGCAUGCUGAUUCAGAAACAGAUGAGGUUUAUGCCCAGAUGACUCUUCAACCUGUGAACAAAUAUGACAAAGAAGCGUUACUGGCAUCUGAUAUGGCCCUCAAGCAAAGCAGACAACCCGCUGAAUUCUUUUGCAAGACUCUUACAGCGAGUGACACUAGCACUCAUGGUGGAUUUUCUGUGCCUCGACGAGCAGCUGAGAAGAUCUUCCCUCCUCUGGAUUUCUCGAUGCAACCACCUGUUCAGGAGCUAGUAGCUAAAGAUUUACAUGACAAUACAUGGACAUUUAGACAUAUUUAUCGAGGACAACCAAAGAGACACCUUCUGACUACCGGUUGGAGUGUUUUUGUUAGCACGAAAAAACUCUUUGCUGGUGAUUCCGUUCUUUUCAUCAGAGAUGAGAAGUCUCAACUUCUCUUGGGUACAAGGCGUGCAAAUAGACAACAGCCAGGUCUCUCUUCGUCUGUAAUUUCUAGUGAUAGCAUGCAUAUUGGGAUCCUUGCUGCUGCGGCUCAUGCUGCGGCAAAUAAUAGCCCAUUUACUAUAUUCUACAAUCCAAGGGCAAGCCCUUCUGAGUUUGUGGUACCCUUAGCGAAGUAUAACAAAGCUAUGUAUACCCAAGUUUCGCUUGGCAUGCGAUUUAGAAUGAUGUUUGAAACAGAGGAAUCCGGGGUGCGCAGGUACAUGGGUACUAUUACUGGUAUUGGUGACUUGGAUCCCGUGAGAUGGAAAAAUUCACAGUGGCGUAAUCUUCAGGUUGGAUGGGAUGAAUCUACAGCUGGUGAGCGGCCCAGCCGAGUUUCAAUUUGGGACAUUGAGCCUGUCAUAGCUCCUUUCUACAUUUGUCCACCUCCGUUUUUCAGGCCCCAGUUCCACAAGCAACCCGGGAUGCCAGAUGAUGAGUCUGAUAUUGAGAAUGCCUUCAAGAGAGCAAUGCCCUGGCUUGGAGAUGAAUUUGGCAUGAAAGAUGCCCCUAGUUCAAUAUUCCCUGGUUUGAGUUUAGUUCAGUGGAUGAGCAUGCAACAGAAUAAUCAGUUUCCAGCUGCUCAAUCAGCAUUCUUUCCAUCGAUGGUUUCUUCAAAUCCGCUCCAUAAUAGCCUUAGCACUGAUGAACCUGCCAAAUUAUUGAAUUUCCAAUCUCCUGGGUUACCUGCGUCGAAUGUGCAAUUUAACAAAGCAAAUACAAACCAAGUCAAUCAGCUGCCUCAGACACCUAUUACAUGGGCUCAACAGCAGCAACUUCAGCAGUUAUUGCAGACUCCUUUAAAUCAACAGCAGCAACUUCAGCAGUUAUUGCAGACUCCUUUAAAUCAACAGCAGCAGCAAUCCCUACAGCAAUUGCAGCGACAUCAACAACAACAGCAGCAGCAGCAGCUUCAGCCUCAGCCACAUCUUCUGAACCAACAGCAGCCUCAGCCUCAACCUCAGACUCAGCCGCAGCCACUGCAGCAGCAACAAAAAAGACAACAGACGCUACCACAACAACAGAUGCAACAGCAGGCAUUCCUUCCUUCUCAAGUAAAUAACGGAAUCGUUGCCUCUACCCAGUUCCCAAAUCAAAAUUUGCAUCAGCCGGCUGUUUACUCGCAGCUUCAACAGCAACAAUUGCUGACAAGCAAUAGCCAGUCUGCUCAAACUAUCCUCUCUGCCAAUAAAACUUCAUAUCCUUUGACGUCAUUACCACAAGAUACACAGAUUCAGCAACAGAUGGAACAGCAAACUAACCUCAUACAGAGACAACAACAACAAUUGCUGCAACAGAACUUGUCGCAGAGUACACAGCAGCAAUCACCACUACAAUUGUUGCAACAGAACUUGUCGCAAAGUACACAGCAGCAGCCACAGAUGCUGCAAUUGCCUCAGCAGGGCUUCUCGGAGCAACAGCUUCAAUUACAACUGUUACAGAAAUUGCAGCAACAGAAACAGCAUCAAUCAUCUCAACAGUUACUCUCCCCUGCUGGACCACUGUUGCAGCAACAGCCAACCCAUCAACAAAACCAACCAUUGCAGCAAUUGCCUCUUUCACAGAGCCAAUCACAACCUCUUGGCAGCAAUGGCUUCUCGACAUCAAUGCUUGUCCAGCCUCAACAACUUUCACUGAACCAACUUCAAGUUCAUAACAAGCCUCUUACUAUUAUGAGAACCCAUUCUGGUCUUACUGAUGGAGAUGCACCUUCAUGUUCAACCUCUCCUUCUACCAAUAAUUGUCAGGUUUCCCCAUUGAACUUCCUAAACAAAAACCAGCAAGUACCGUCCAUGUUGGCGACAGAUCCACUUGUUGAGCCUGCAAGUACCCUCGUUCAAGAGCUACAGAGCAAGCCUGAUAUAAGAAUCAAACAUGAACUACCCACCUCUAGAGGGCCAGAACUGCCAAAGUACAAAAGUACCGUGACAGAUCAACCAGAAGCAUCCUCUUCUGGAACAUCAUACUGUCUGGAUGCAGGAACAACCCAUCAUAAUUUCUCCCUCCCUGCCUUUCUGGAAGGUGAUGUUCAAUCACAUCAUCGGAACAAUCUUCCUUUUACAGCUAAUAUUGAUGGGUUGGCACCUGACACUUUAUUAUCGAGGGGAUACGACUCUCAGAAGGAUCUUCAAAAUCUGCUUUCCAGCUAUGGUGGCAACCCAAGAGAUAUUGAUGCAGAGUUGUCUACUCCUGCAAUAAGCUCCCAGUCGUUUGGUGUGCCAAACAUACCUUUCAAGACUGGGUGCUCUAAUGAUGUUGCCAUCAAUGACACAGGAGUCCUAAAUGGCGGAUUGUGGGCCAACCAAACUCAACGCAUGCGAACAUAUACAAAGGUGCAAAAGCGUGGCUCUGUAGGAAGAUCAAUUGAUGUAUCCCGCUACAAAGGGUACGAUGAACUCAGGCAUGAUUUAGCGCGCAUGUUUGGUAUCGAGGGGCAGCUGGAAGAUCCACAAAGUUCUGACUGGAAAUUAGUUUAUGUGGAUCAUGAAAAUGACAUAUUACUUGUUGGUGAUGAUCCUUGGGAAGAAUUUGUAAGUUGUGUUCAGAGCAUAAAGAUACUGUCAUCUGCUGAAGUACAGCAGAUGAGCUUGGAUGGUGAUCUUGGAAAUGUAGCAGUUCCCAAUCAAGCUUGCAGUGGGACUGACAGCGGAAAUGUGUGGAGAGGACCAUACGACGAUACCUCAGCUGCUUCAUAUAACAGAUAAGAUGGUUUUGAAAUUCAGAUAGAACAGCAAUUUGAUAACACAUAAUCAUCUGUUGGCAGGAGGAUGAUGUUUUAAUUAACUUUAACAGCAACUCUCUGACUUGGCCUUUGUAUGGUGCCAUAAGGGACCAUUGAUGUACAACCAUUAUAUUGAUAGAGCUAAUCUGAUAUUCUUCUUAUCACCUGUAAAUGGCUAUGAUGUAAGAGCACAUUCUGUCUUGUUCAAGUAGCAUGAAUUUUUGUCGGUGUUGCACGUUGCCACUGAUGCUUUCUU